CGCCUUCGAGGGCAGCCAGGCGAGCUGAGAAACCGCGGUUCCCGUGGCCGAUUCGCUCCUCCGCCAGAUUGGCUGGUCUCGGACCGUCGCCAGACCCGCGUGGUUCGUCGACCCAACAGCCAACACAGUCUGACCCGAGGCAACGGGCUCGGCCGAGCACGAGGCAGGACUGGAAUAGCACGUACCGUUCGUGCCGGAGAUCAGAUCAAAAUUGGUGGGCUCCUGAAAAGUGAUACAGACACACACAAAAUGGAGCAAUUGGAAAUUGCAUCUUUUUCACAUGAAGCAAUCAAGAACACGAUCCUGCAGAAAGUAGUUGGGUUCUGGUCACUUUGGCCAAAACACUCUUGCCUUCGUGCAUACACGCACGCAUAA